AUGGCCCACAAAUCUCCGGUGUACAUUGCUCUGAAUGGACGUAACGACUCAUUCCUAACAAAGAUGGAGACAAACCUACGGAAGACUCAGUCUCUGAAGUGUAUCGCCACUGACCCCACUCUGUCCUGGAUGGAGGCGGGACUAAGAGACAGGAAGAAGUCUGUCUCACAGCUUGUGGCAGAAUAUCAGAAUGCCAUUAUUGGAAAAGCAAAAGCAGCAGAAAACAAGCAAAAGCAAAGCGUCCAGUUUGCUGCCAUCCCCAUCACAAAGAAUGAAACUAAACUGGAUAAUCUGAUCCAGUGGAGCACAAAAGAAAAGUCAAAUGCUUGGGCUGAUCAUAGCACCAACACUCAUCUGACGCGCAGCAAGUCGAUGGAGUUUCUUCCUCACCAAAGAACCAUAAGCACAAGCGCUCUCCGGGAACUCUUUGAGUCGAAGGUUGCCAUGCGGCCCAAGGUUGUUCACAAACUAAAGAACACUGAUAAGCUACAAAGCACCCCAGUCAUGGAGAAUGCUGGGGCCAAUCAUAAAAGCACUGAGGAUCUACUGGUGUUCACAGAAGCAGACACCAUUAACAACAACAACAAUGAGAAAUCAGUUGAACCACCAAAAAAGAAAGAGGAGAAUGUGACCCCAAAGAGAUGCAAUAUCUCUGGCACUUGUAGACAAAGAAGGCUAAGGCUGAAUGAGCAUGCUUUAGAGAUGGAGGUGGGAGAUCUGAAGAAUGAUAAACGGAAAACAAUUGCAGACUUCAGAGACAGUUCCACUGUGCAUGGACAAGAGAAGUUCCCUGUUUCUGUCAAAGCCAUCUCCGCACUAUAUCUGUCAAAAGUGGCAGCUGCAGACCCAAGAGGGAACCUUUUAAAACCAAAACAAGAUUGUACUUCUCCAACCAAACCAAAAGUUUGCAAGUUUCAGCCGGCCGCUCAGGACAGGUGCACUGCAUGCCUAAAACCAGUAUACCCCAUGGAGAAAAUAGCAGCAGAUAAACAUGUUUUUCACAAAAACUGUUUCUGUUGCAAGCACUGCAACCAGAAACUCAGUCUGCGUAACUACACAGCCAUCUAUGGAGAAUUCUACUGUGUGUUUCACUACCAGCAGCUCUUUAGAAAGAACGGUAACUAUGAUGAAGGCUUUGGCCACGAGCAACACAAGAAACGCUGGCUGCUGAGCACAAUGAUUAACACUGACUUAUAA